AUGACGGCGCUUACGGUUAAAAACAAACAGAUUUUCUUCGAGGAACUAGCUCUUGCUCACUAUCUCUACCCACGGACCAAGUCCCCUACCCGUUCUGAACCUCAAGGUCAACCUACUCCGGAAAUGCUACUUAACAAAGAUCGUCUAUAUGUCACUCUCCACGUCCGAGCCGGGGCCUCAGUCAUGUCCGGCAAGGAAGAUACCUCCGGCACCGGCAAAAGAAGCAUUCGCUACCACGCGAAAGAACAAAUCAACCCGGACAGGAAAAGAUCUGAGUGGAUUUUCGAAGAGAGCGAAAACGCACUCGACUCAUCCAACAUGAUGCUCGUUCGAAUCUUGGUGGGCAAGGUGGUAGAUGGGCACCGGGUUGUCGAGAUCUUGCGCAGCACGCCUAGCAGGCAGGGGACGCCCGGGUGGAAUUGUGUAGGCUGGGUGCAAGAGGCAUUACAGAGACUCAGAGCGGACGAGACGGCGCUGGGGAGGAGUAGUGUUGUUGAGUGGGUGGUGGUGAGAGACGAGGCCAUGAAGUAUUGCGAACGGAAAAAGGAGGAGCAUCGGUUUGAUGGAAAAGGAGGCUUUGAUAUGAGGGUUAUUCCUACUUAUGAUUUGAUUCGAGGGAAGGAGGUUGUUCGUUGA